CGUGCAUGGCCGAUUAUUGUAAAGACUUUCGCAAUGUUGUGCAAUGCUGUUGUCGGCUGCAUUGUGCCUUUCGAGAUGAACAUUUCAUCAUUUUACAUAUCUUGCACAUAAAUUUGUAACUGAGUACUCGUACCUGAUCUAGGAAGAGAUGUAGAAAUUUAAAAUUCUUCAUUUUGUGAAUUGUGUGAUCGUCAUUGAAACAUGUCACAAGAAAUUACCCGAGAGGUCGAUGAAGACCAUGAAAAGGAGAAUGACCAGUUCAAACACAGUGAACGACUUGGCAAGAAACUCGCUUACCUACUUCGAUAUGGAGCGAAACAGGAAGGACUGUCCGUUUGUCCACAAGGUUAUGUCAAGUUGAAUGACCUUGUCCAAGUUUCCCUUCUUAAAUGGUAUAAGACAGAAGAGGUUCUUCAGGAAAUACAAUCAUCAAAAUCCUUCAAUGGCAAGAGAAGAUAUGAGGAUAAGAAAGAGAACAACACUGUCUAUGUUAGAGCCAGCUAUAACCGGAGAUUUGAGAGGAAUCCAUAUCAUGAAGAAACCAAGGUUCCUCGUCUCCUUGAGAGUUGCAUGCAGUAUAUAUGUACAAACAUAAAGGACUACUCUCUAGAAGAUUGCCCAGAUGAGUUUCUUGUCAAUGAAUUGCUGCACAGGUUGAAAAGGAAAGGAAAGCUGACCAAUGUAGCCUUGGAGAAUCUUCUUGGUCCAUACAUCGAGACACUGAACUUAGAGGGAGCCCUAAUCACACAGAAAGCACCUAAGAUCAUCACUCAACAAUGUCCCAACCUCCGCAACCUUAACCUCAAGGAUUGUGGGUAUGUCAUCACGGAUCAUGUGCUGACUUUCCUCAUGAAGAGACUUCCAGAUCUCAGGGUCUUAAACCUGUCCAACUGCAACCACCUGACAGGCAAGUCCUUGCGUACCAUACCCAAACACCUCCCACACCUUCAGAUCCUCAACCUAACCUUGGUCAAGAGCGUUUCUGAGAGCGACCUGCUGGCGAUCAUUGAGGGAUGUUACAAUCUGGAGAAGAUUAUGUUUUUUGCUGUCAAGCUUUCACUGUCUGAUGAAGCCUGUAUCAGGAUUGCCAAAGUGUGUGGAGAGAGACCACUCAAGGUUAUGUAUGACAAUAACAGUGUCAGUUGAUCUUCUACUGCAGUAACUAUAUGAGAUGAUGGAACGGUUUUGGAUACCAAUAACCAUGCAGGUUAAUGGAACAGUUUUGAUGGCUAUGUGCAUAUGAGUUAGUGGAUACUUUUCAGGCUAGAAUAUUGAGCGACUGAGUCUCUAGAAUACUAUUCUUAAAUUUCAAGAGUCUUUGAAAAUGAAGCAGCCUGUUUGUAUUUGUGGUACAGUUAUGACUGAAUGCAUAUAAUGUAACUCUAUGAGUUUAUGCAUAGAGUUGAGGGCCAGAAUAGGAGUUUGCAAAUUUCUGGUAAGUUCAAAACAUAU